AUGGUUACGAACAAGCAACUCAUUUUCUCAAAGAUCCCUAAUGGCCGUCCUAUCAAUGGUGAGCACAUCCAAGUCAAAGAGACAGCUCUAGAUAUCGAUGCUGCAUUGCCCGAUGGCGAUUUUAUCCUAAAGACACUAGAAAUCGCUAACGCUGCUUUUGAUAUCAACAAACCCAUGACAGGCGACACUGUGUCUAUAGUUGUCAAGUCAAACAAUCCCAACUACAAGGUAGAUGACAUCGUUGUGGGUCGUAGUACAUUUGGUCUGCUGGAAAGUUAUGUGCAAGUCAGCGCAGACUAUGCAAAGGAAGCCUACGUGGUACGCAACGAGGCUAAAUCCAAUGCGCUUCCUUUAAGCAACUAUGUCGGUGCCCUCGGUAUGCCAGGGUUCACUGCUUGGUAUGGAUUAACUGAAAUCGGUCAACCCAAGAAGGGAGAGGUGUUGUGUGUCUCUUCGGCUGCAAGUCCAGUGGGUCAAAUGGUUGGUCAGCUAGGCAAGGCUUUUGGUUUGAAAGUCGUCGGUUCUGCUGGUAGUGAAGAAAAGAUUCAAUACCUCAAAUCUGUUGGCUUUGAUGCGGUUUUUAACUACAGGGAGGGCGAUAUCCUGGAGAAUCUAAAGGUCCACUGCCUUGACGGUAUCGAUAUCUAUUUCGAAAGCGUAGGCGGUAAAAUGCUAGAUGCUGUAUUAAAAGUGGCAAAUAAGUUUGCUCGCAUCAUUGCCUGUGGUAUGAGCUCGCAAUACAGCCUUUCAACACCUACACCUCUGUAUAACACCAUGUACAUCGUGACCAAGAGAAUCAAGUUUGAUGGUUUUUGGUAG